GAGCGCCGGCCGCGCGCUGGGAAGUCGGUGCCGCCGCCGUCUCCGCGUUCGCCAUGCGUCCCGGGGCGCCAGGGCCACUCUGGCCUCUGCCCUGGGGGGCCCUGGCUUGGGCCGUGGGCUUCGUGGGCUCCCUGGGCUCGGGGGACCCCGCGCCCGCUGGCGUCUGCUGGCUGCAGCAGGGCCAGGAGGCCACCUGCAGCCUGGUGCUCCAGACUAACGUCACCCGGGCCGAGUGCUGCGCCUCCGGCAACAUUGACACCGCCUGGUCCAACGUCACCCACCAGGGGAACAAGAUCAACCUCCUUGGCUUCUUGGGACUUGUCCACUGCCUCCCCUGCAAAGAUUCGUGCGACGGCGUGGAGUGCGGCCCGGGCAAGGCGUGCCGCCUGCUGGGGGGCCGCCCGCGCUGCGAGUGCACGCCCGACUGCGCGGGGCUCCCGGCGCGCCUGCAGGUCUGCGGCUCGGACGGCGCCACCUACCGCGACGAGUGCGAACUGCGCGCCGCGCGCUGCCGCGGCCACCCGGACCUGCGCGUCAUGUACCGGGGCCGCUGCCGCAAGUCCUGUGAUCGUGUGGUGUGCUCCCGGCCGCAGUCGUGCGUCGUGGACCAGACUGGCAGUGCCCACUGCGUGGUGUGUCGGGCGGCACCCUGUCCUGUGCCCGCCAGCCCCGGCCAGGAGCUCUGCGGUAACAACAACGUCACCUACAUCUCCUCGUGCCACCUGCGCCAGGCCACCUGCUUUCUGGGCCGCUCCAUCGGCGUGCGCCACUCAGGCAGCUGCGCAGGCACCUUUGUAGGCACCCCUCAGGAGCCCCCAGAUGGUGAAUCGGCGGAGGAGGAAGAGAACUUCGUGUGAGCCUGCAGGACAGGCCUGGGCCUGGCGCCCAAGGCCCCCCACCACCCCCUGUUAUUUAUUGCCACAGCAGAGUCUAAUUUAUAUCCCACGGACACUCCCUAAACCUGGAUUCAGACCACUUCCGGGGAUCCCAAAACCCCCUGACGAUAUCCUGGAAGGAUUGAGGAAUGGAGGCCUGGGGCCGGCUGGUGGGUGGGAUGGACCUGCGCCCCGGGCACUGAGGGCUCAAUUUAGGCCCUACCCUGAGUCCUAUUGCCAGGGAGGACCCCACCUUUCUGCUCCUUUGGGGAUAAGCCUAUUAAUUAUUCCUAUCUUCAAGAGGGCUGGGCACUCCCUGCUGAUAAUUCCUGAAGAGGCAUGACUGCUUUUCUGAGCCCCAAGCCUCCUAGAACCGGGGCCUUGGGCUCAGGCCAGGAAGUGCAGAGGAGGUCUAGCCUGGGUGUCAAUGAAUGGUCUAGCCUGGAUAUGUACAGAUGGUCUAGCCUGGAUGUGUACAGAUGGUCUAGCCUGGAUGUGUACAGAUGGUCUAGCCUGUGUGUGAAUGAAUGGUCUAGCCUGGGUGUGAAUGGAUGGUCUAGCCUGGGUGUGAAUGAAUGGUCUAGCCUGGGUGUGAAUGGAUGGUCUAGCCUGGAUAUGUACGGAUGGUCUAGCCUGGAUAUGUAUGGAUGGUCUAGCCUGGAUGUGUACGGAUGGUCUAGCCUGGAUAUGUACGGAUGGUCUAGCCUGGAUAUGUACGGAUGGUCUAGCCUGGGUGAAUACAGAUGGUCUAACCUGUGUGUGUAUGGAUGGUCUAGCCUUGGUGUGAAUGGAUGGUCUAGCCUGGGUGUGAAUGGAUGGUCUAGCCUGGGUGUGAAUAGAUGGUCUAGCCUGGAUGUAUACAGAUGGUCUAGCCCGGGUGUGAAUGAAUGGUCUAGCCUUGGUGUGAAUGGAUGGUCUAGCCUGGGUGUGAAUGGACGGUCUAGCCUGGGUGUGCAUGAAUGGUCUAGCCUGGGUGUGUACGGAUGGACCUCAGAACAUUGUGACCUUACCCAGCAGGAGAGACCCUUCAUGAAGGCCAGGAAGGCUGCCACUGUUCCCUCCUACCAGCCCAUGAACUCCAGCUUCCCCACUGCCUCUGUGUGCCCCUUUGCGUACUGUGAAGGCCACUGAGAAAUGCCCAGUGUGCCCCUGGGAAAGGGCACUGCCUGUGCUCCUGACAUGGGCCAUGCUCAGCCACAGAACCGCCCAGCGCCUUCCCCGCUGCGGUCCACAUCAGUUUAUGAUGUGAUCGCGUGGUCUCAGACGUGGAGCAGCCAGCCGCAGCUCAGAGCAGGGCACCGUGUCUGGGGGGCCCCGUCCACUGUGGGGGGGGUCUCUGGGAGGGACCUCGGGCCCGUGCUCACCCACCGGCCCCGAGGGGGGUGUCAGCACCAAAACUCACAUGUGUAGCAUCCCGGAGUCCUGGAGCCGAGGGUCCCAGCACCACCACAGGUGCCUGCUGCCUCCACAUCGGCGUUCACACACAGGGCUCCUGGGUCCCGCACAGCCCGCCCGGCCAGGCCUGCAGACCCAGGCUCCAGCCAGACCCACCAGCAUAGCUGGAGCUGGCGACACCAGCCAGGUGCUGGUCAUGGGCCAGCUCCCCUCGACGGCUCACCCUCCCCUCGAUCUGGGCCGACGCUCGGAAUCCCCCACCUGUGCCUGUUUGUAGACCAGAACCUCAAACCAGCUAUGGGGAGGAGACAAGGUGGAGGAAACCCCUUCCCGCUUCGGGGGUGAGGGGUGCGGGGAGCAUACUCAUCCUCCUGCAGCCCCCCUAGGCAGUGCCUUACCUGUGGUGCCCAGAAAAGUGCCCCUGGGCUGGGGGGUGUCUAUGGGAGCCUCCGACCAGGCUGCCCUCCCCACCCUGGGGCCCUGCCUCACCAAAGAAAUAAAGACUCAAAGAAACCAC